AUGCCUCAGCGACCUUUGGAGCCAUUUUCCGUCGAAGCCGAGAAUGCGCGUCUUGAAAUGGAAGCUUUUUACACCCGGACCGGCGAAACUAUUCAGAACGUUUAUUGGUGGGACUUUCAGCUAUUUCUCGCUCAGUCGCUUGAUAAGGCAGCACGUCUCGAAGGUCGAAUAUGUGGUAAAGGGUGUAAUAGGUAUGAUUCUAGGGGAAAUGACUGGAAUAUCAAAUUGUGA